ACACCGUUCAUAAAUAAUGCACUGACAAAAUUGAAAUCUAUCGAGUCAGAUCAGCGAAAGUUUUUAAGUAUUAUUGAUGAAAGGUGUGGUUGGCAAGACCAUUAGUUCUGUUAAAAAUGAAUUAGUUAAUUUUAAUAAAAAUGUACAGUACUGCGAUUUUGCUAAAAUCUAUGCCCUUACUUACUUUCGAACAUAAAGCUUUAAUUAACUCCCAGACAUUGUUUUUGCCUUAUUUAGCACAAUUGUUCAACUAUGGAACAGUUUGGACGAAGAUUUAAUUUACAUUAAUAAUUUAUAUAACUUCAAAAAAAGCUUUAGGCUAAUUGUCCAUAACUUGACUAGCCUAACAAUUUUGGAGAGAUAAUAUAUAGAUCUAAGUGGAGUCAUUUGGUCACACUUAAUUGGGGUGUGACGAGAUGACCGUGUGACGAAAUGACUGGUUACCGUUUCAGCUUGGGUUUCUCGAACCUAGAUUUUAGUCAAUGGUUUAGAGGGCCAGGACCCUAACCCUGCUGUAACCCUCGAUUUGGAUAAAAUAAUUUAAGAGUUAGAAGGCCCAUAGGCCAUACCUAUUGGCAGGGUCGACUCAGUUUGGUUUGGUUGUCAGGGUUAGCUGCCGGAUUUUCUUCCGUGAAUGCAAAAGCUACCUUCGAGGCACAAACCGAACGAAACCAAUGAUGACACGUUUUUUUUCAAGGCCACGAAUCAGGCGAUCGGUUUGAGGCAGGGGUGUAUUUGUAGUGUACACUGAAGCUGCCAGAAACCGAACCAUACCGGACCAAUCUGAUCCUCCAAUGGGUAUAUACAGCCUUCUGAGCUGACUUUGCUGUUGCAGAAUUUUGUACACAUUAUUGUACUAUAAAGUGUUGACUGAUCAUGGCUUUGAGAGUGUUUGGCCAGCAGGCUGUAAAAGGCCUGAAGCACAUGCAUAAGCAGAGCUUGAUGUCGAGCAAAGAUGUCAGUUUGAUGUAUCAGAGCACAGCUGCUGCUUCUACAAAAAGCCUGGACAUUUCUGGGAUACUUCCUCCCAUCCCAACACCUUUUAAUGAAGAUGGAAGUUUUGCUUUUGACAAACUCAAGUUCAACAUGGAUAAGUGGAAUAAAAUUCCCUUCAAAGGGUAUGUUGUUCUAGGAUCCAAUGGAGAAUGUGGUCUACUAAAUUGGGAUGAGCGUGUCCAGUUAUUGGAAGAGACCAAGAAGCUUGCUGAUCCAAGUAAACUCGUCGUUGGUGGAUCUGGCUGUGAUUCAACAAGAGACACAGUUCUGAUGACAAAAAGGAUGGCCAAUGCAGGGGCAGAUGCUGUCUUGGUUGUGAACCCAUCCUUCUAUAAAGCCAGCAUGACCUAUCAGGCUUUGAUGGCACAUUAUACAAAGGUGGCUGAUGAAAGUCCUGUGCCUGUUAUCCUGUAUAACGUGCCCAGCAAUACUGGUAUGGACAUUCCUCCAGAAGUGAUCAUCUCUCUCUCGCAGCAUCCAAACAUUAUUGGCUUGAAGGACAGUGGUGGUGAUAUUACAAGAAUAACAACCCUGUGCUUCCAAACUGCGUCCUCUGGCUUCCAAAUAUUGGCUGGAUCUGCAGGGUUCUUACUGGCAGCUUACAAUGUUGGCUGUGUUGGUGGGGUUUGUGGUUUGGCAAACAUCAUAGGUGAGGACUUGUGCCGCUUGAUGCAGUUGGCCAAAACUUCUGAUCUUAAGACAGCCAUGGACUUGCAACUGAGGCUUGUUGGCCCCAAUACUUGUGUUACAAGAAAAUAUGGUGUGCCUGGCCUGAAAGCUGCCCUGGAGUGGUUUGGUUACUACGGUGGACCGACUCGCCUGCCUCUGGUGCCACUCACAGCUGAUGAAACUGAAUUUAUGAGGAAAGCCUUCCAAAAAUCUGGUUAUCUUGACUAAAUCUGACCAUGAAAGUUAAUAGCAGUGAGCUAGGACUCAUGCAAGUGUUUUUGUACCUUUGUUUAUGGAAUAUUGUUGAUUGUUAUUUUUUUCCUGCUAGUCAGGGUUUUGGAAACAAAAUUGAGCAUCAUAUUGAUUGAGAUUAUAUAUAUCAUGGGCAUUUGAAAAAGAAAAUGUCAGUAUGUUCCUUGCUUGGGUUCCUGCUUUAGAAUGAAUGACACCUGGGUACCAUGACGUCAUCUGAAAUGUUGUCCCUCCUUCUGGGAUUUACUUUGGUAUUUUAAAAAAAUGAAAAUGCCUAUGGUAUAUAAACAGUUUUACACGUUAUAAAAAAUAUUCUUGUUGCGUGCCUUUAAAGGGAAUCGGGCCAGUAAAAUAAAGUGCACAUAUAAAGAAGAACAUUGUUUUACCUCCCUACCUCCGCAAGCCUUGCUGUUGGAACCAAUGUGCUGGUGAAGUGUGGCAGCGGUUCAGGCACAUUCCUUGACGAUGACUUCUACUUCGAAGUACUUUUUGGUAAUUGCCAAAAACAGGUCUCUCUUAGGGGUAGUUCAUUUAUUUUAUUAGAUCAAGAACUGUCGAAAUAGGUUCAUUUGUUUUGAUUUCAUGGCCAAAAUAUUGAUGUAUAUAUAUGUCAAUUUUAGAUUUUGUGCCUAAAGAGGGCCCGGCGUAGUGGGUUUACCCCCCUCGGAGAUAAAGAGUUAAUAUCUUGAGUAUCUGUCACAAUGUACUAGAGCUGCCAACCUGGGCUAUUGUGAUGUGCCCGCUAUCAAUGCAUCUAUCUUUUAACUUUUUGUUUAUCAUGUGUUCUGUAAAAUCCGUGGCUGACAGAACAAUAGACUGAACUGAGGUUCAGAAAAUGUAAAGAGUAGUGCCAUAUUUACUUGUGAGAAAUCAUUAAAGUGGAAGGGAAGGCUCAGGAUACUUGUCUGUUCAUCCUGGCUGAAAAAUUGUGAUAAAGUAAUAUUGUUAUGCAAAUGAGAGCAUUCCUUUGGUUAUAGCCAUUUUCUUUUUGUUGGUAGUAGGCUAUAUCUCGUGUAAAUGGAUGUCCUUACUCUACAUUAAGUAAUCUGCUGAUGUUGAAGCUGGUGUUUAGCUUAAACAAUAUGUUUUAGUAUGUACGUACAUAUACAUGAUGUCAGUUUCUUGAACAUUUCCUUGUAGCUUUGGUUAUGGGGGGUCAUCAGAGAUCAUCUGUCUUUCAUUGUUGUCACUAACAUGUUUUACCAAAGUGCUGUAAUAAUGGUCUUGGUCAGACUUAGGCCAGUACCAAACUGACUCGUCAAGGUAAACUUUAAAUAAUGGCAUACCACCACAUCAUGAUAUAAAUGUACCAAUGCAUUUCCCAGAGAGAAAAAAAAUUCUUAUGGUUGGAGUCGAGAAAAGUCAAGAAAUUAGGAAUUUUUUUUGAAGAUUCAUUAAAAACUAUAUAUCUGACUUAGACCAUUACAGAAGCACAUUUAGAGUAUAUUUGACUUUUAUCUGUUGUUGUUAAGCUCUUAUCUCCCAAAUGUUGUUGGGAGAUGGUUGUCUUGUUAUGGAGAUUCCUAAAUUAGCCUUUGUAUUCUUUGUCUUUGCACAUUGAUACGGGUCUAUGAGAUAACUGUUUUGAUAUACUCUUAGGCGCUUGUUCGUCGACUGCAAUGAAAGUGUAAAUCAUAUGUAUGGCAUCGUGAUGAAAUCAGGCGCUCGUCAAAAUAAUGAAAUAGAAGAAGCGGAUUUUUCCGUCCAUUGUGCAAUUUUUUAAUCAAUUUUUUUAGUGUUGUGCUCAACACCUUGUAUGCCCAUUUAAAAACACAUUCCUGUGUGGAUUUUACUGCAAAAAGUCAAUCAAAGGCACGAAAAAUGUAAAUUUGCAGUUUUCAAGGACUCUACAGCUUUGGCAGUCACAAAACUUUGGUGGCCAUUCUCUCACUAAAUUUACCUCUGACACCAGGUGACCCUUCACCUCCUGCAGUCACAAUUAUUUCAACUUCUAUUCAAGAUAGAUGAGUAUUUUUCGAAUCAAAAGCAAGGCUUUAAGACUACACCUAUAACUUAGUAUGCCCGAAAUUUGAGGAAUGCCCGAUUCCACCACAUGGUGACAUGUAUAAAAAAUCACCUAAAAUGUAAGUUGUGUGUUUUUAAUGAGGUUAGCCUUUAUAUUUUUGUGUAAACAGAUUGUGUUGUUUCGAGACCUGAUCAUUAGUGCAGGCUUCAAACACUACAAAUUUUAUAGAUAUAAAUAAAUAUAUAUAAAUAUAUAAACAAGAAUUUUAUACACUUUGUUUUCUUUUCUAAAGAAUACAAGGUUGUACUGUGUUUUUCAUGGAAAUAAGUUGCAUUCACCAUUUAACUGCAUUAUUUGAGAACAUUAUUGCACUGCUCAAUACUUAAUAAACUUCUGGGAAAAUACCAAA